GAGCACAAGGUGGCGAGGGGCGUUGGUGACUUGAGCUCAGCAGAGACUAAGCGACGAUAAUGCUGGGGAAGAAGGCGCUGGAGGGUAUUGCUGCCUACAAGUACAAGGCGGGAUCGUAUACGUACCUGGACAAUGUGCUAAACCAUUUUUGGACGUAUUCGGCGCAGUUCCUGCCCAUUUGGAUGGCGCCCAACCUCGUGACGAUGAUCGGCACAGGCGUUAUGAUGUUCACGACAGUAGUCCAGCUCUACUACGCGCCACAUUUUUCUGAGAUCUGCCCUGCGUGGGUAUACAUACUCUCGGCACUUGGCCUGUUCUUCUACCAGACCAUGGAUGCGCUAGACGGCAAGCAGGCGCGACGCACCGGCGCAUCGUCCCCGCUAGGUCAGCUCUUUGAUCACGGCUGUGACGCCGUGUGCACGGUUUUCAAUGUACUGAGCGCCAGUGCCACAUGCCAAGCUGGUGUCGGCUUGCGCCCUUACAUUGCGCUGUCGUCCGUGUCCAUUGCGUUCUACUUGGCGCAAUGGGAAGAAUACCACACUGGGGUCAUGAGCUGCGGUAAUGGCUUCUUCGGCGUCACAGAGGGGCAGCUGACGUUGGUGGCGGUUCAUCUCGUUGCGGCGUUUUUUGGCGCAGGUUUUUGGACGGCGGAGAUUCCGAUUCCGACGCCGUUCCCAGUGACCAUGACGGAUGUUCUCAUUGGCGCACUGGUGGCGAGCAAUGUGCUAUUGGCAUACGGAAACAUCUCCAACGUGCUGCGAGCGGCCCCGGACGCGAUCCCACGCGACGAGCUGGGCAACAAGCAUAUCUCAAAGCAUCUUGCUCUGAUUCAACUGAUCCCCAUUGGCAUUCUGCUAGUUCUGGGGUCGCUAUGGAUCUGCGGCCCUGACGCGGAGAACUAUGCCAACUACCCGGUGUUGUUCUUGUUCCCAAUUGGCAUCGGCUACGUGUUCUUCUCGACGCGAAUGAUUGUGAGCCACAUGUGCAAGAUCCCGUUCACUCCGCAGCUGCGCGUCAUUAUUCCUUUCGGCUUCGUGAUCUUCAAUGCCUACGGACCUGCUGUGGGAAUUUUUUCCAAACCUUUAAUCCCGACAAUUGUGGCAUCGUCCAUGUAUGUGGUCUUCAUCGUCGCGGUGUAUCUUCACUUCGUCUUUGGUGUGGUGAAGGACAUUUGUGAUUUCCUCAACAUUUUCCUUUUCAAGAUUAAGCCAGUUGCGACGGAAUCUGAAAAGGCGAAGUAGAGCGGCGGUUGCAGCUAGCAAGAUUAGCUUCAAAACUUGAGUUCUCCGCAGUAUGCAAUUGGAGCAGCUAAAUCCACCAGAAAGAAAAUAGGAGAAGUAAACAACCA